AUGCCCCUUCCUCCCGCUCCCUGCGUAAAACGCUCUGGUCGUUCUGCGGCGCGACCCGGCCUGAAAGAAGCGCAGCGAGCGUCCUAUCUCAUGCAGUUCCACGUCAUUGAACUGGAGACGUUCCUCAAGGAUCAGACUAACAUUUCGAAGACCACCCACAAAAGCCUCAGUUUCCACGAAUCUAUGAUUGUCCGACUCCAGGGCCUUGUGGAGAAGCCGGACAUCACCAAGGACGACAUUGCUGAACUUAUUGAGGCCCACCGGGCUGAAGUGUCGAAGGGAAAGAAGGACCUUGAUGCAGCUUCCUCCAAUGAGAAUCGCGCGAUGGCGCAAAUAUCUAUGCAUACCACCAACCACCCCAAUGUUUGCACCCAAAUCAGUGCUGGCGCGGCCUUCCGCAGUGUGGUUGAUGAUCUGGAUGUCGUUGUGCAUGCUCUUGAGGAGUCCUUGCCACCUAACAGUGUUCAUGCCAGAGAUAACAUACGAUUGCGCCUCGUUCUCGCAUCUAAAGAGGCAGAAAUCACCCGCCUGGGAAGAGAGAUUAAGGACUUGAAAGGCAAGAAGGAAGAGACCGAAGGCCGUCUGAUUAACCUGCUUGACUAG